AUGCCUUCCAACAAGCCAGUGCUCCAUGCACUCAAAACUCCCGUGUCUGCCACUCUUCCAUCCGAGUUGCCAAGAAGCCCUUUGCCGGGCAUAUCAGAUCUCAUCAAGCAAGAAGAUGGAGUAAAGACGCCCAUCACUCCUCCGAUUGCUUAUAUCGACUUUCUCAAAGCUCUAUCGCCCACUGUCACCAGUCCGGCCACCAGCGAAAAGUUUGGCGACCGGUUUGGUGACAAGUCGGAGAAAUCAACGCCUGUCAGUCAGCCUUCGAGCGCGGGCAGCACUUGCUCAUGCAACUGUGAGAAUCAUCGAUCACCUAAUAUCGUGAUUCCACCUUCUCCCUUUGGACGUCCUCACUCUGCCAAAACGCCCACUCACCUGCGGCGCCUUCGAAUCCCCCCGUCUCCGCUUUAUUCUCCUGGAAUUGAGUCUCCUCUCAGCGCCAGCUCCAUUGCCUUCAGUGCACGCUCUCCUCAAGAAUGGGAUUUUGAGGCCAAAGGCCGAUACUUUGAUGCUCCUCGCAGUGCUUCCGGUCGGCCCGUCAGUGUCCGCCAAGUCGUCACGCGUACCAUCACUUACACACGAACGCCGCUCGAGCCUGCGCCCAAGGGCAAGCGCCGAAAAGUCGAAUGA